AAAGUAUUUCAGAGUGACGUCCCUUUGAAACAUGGCGACGUCCUUGGUGUCACUCGUGCGAUGUAAUGCCGUUAAGUUACUUGCAAACAGGGCAUGCAUUACUUACCAAACUGUACGAUUCCGUCGUGCAAAGAGGGUCUGGGGAACAAGUUACGAAAAGGCAAGAAGUUACGAGGAAAGGAUUGCAGAGCUGAAAAGUCAAGAACCGAUCUUGAACCAAGGCAUAAACAUUGGGUUUCCCCUUAGAACAGCCAGUUUCAACCCUGACCAACUUCACAAGGACUGGCUGAAGAAGAGACAAGGAAAAGAACAGCAAGCUCGGAAAAGGGAUUUAAUUAUCUCCCUGGAGGAUGUUAAAGCAAAAUGGCAGGAAGAACAGGGCAGCAGACAUGUCCACCAGAUAGCGAAACACUACGGCAUUUACCAGGACAUGUUUGACCAUGCUUUCUUCUACCCAGCAACAGACCUCGACAUCAGUUACGACUACGAUGAGGACUUUGUCACAAUGGUCUGCACAGGAAACAGGAUAUCACCAGCAGAUGCUGCUGAGUGCCCACAUGUGACGUACGCGAGUGAUGACAAGUCGUUGUGGACGCUGGUCCUGUCCAGCCCCGAUGGUCAUAUAGAUCAGGACGAUAAAGAGUGUCUACACUGGAUGGUUGCUAACAUCCCAGGUAAUGAUGUAGAGAAAGGGGAGGUAAUCUGUGACUACAUGCAACCCUUCCCUCCAAAAGGGACAGGGUAUCUCCGCUAUGUAUUCCUCCUCUACAAACAGUCAGAAAAACUUGACCUCAGUCAGAUGCAGAGGCCAUCAAAAUGCCUGUCUCUACAAGAGAGGACGUUCAGCACUCUCAGCUUUUACUCGGAGAGACAGGACGUUCUGACACCAGCAGGGCUGGCCUUCUUCCAGUCGGAGUGGGACCCAUCAGUCAGGGAGUUUUUCCAAAAUAAACUAGAAAUGCCAGAACCAGCGUUUGAGUUCAUGAACCCCCCACCAUACCAUCCGAAACAAGUGAAAUACCCACACAAAGAACCAUUUAACUUAUAUCUAGAUCGGUAUAGACACGUGAAAGAUAUCAACGAAGAAGUCUUGAAAGAAAAGUUGAAGAGAAUAUCCCCAUUCAGGCCAAACAAACCGAAAGCUUUGUACCCAGGAACUGUUCCUUUGCCAAAGUCGAUGCCAAGCUGGCUGAAAACACGAACCAAGAAUAUUCGGUUUGGUCGGCACCAGUGGAAGGGACUACCAGGAGAGUAGAGUUGUGAUGUUGCCAUGGUUACAGAUUUAUAAACAAAAGAAGAACCCUUGGACUCUAAAUUGUCAGAGUUUCGGUCGACUUUGAGGUAAUGGUACCUGCAUUGCAAAAGACAGAUGAAGGAAUGUAUAGAAGAGGUUGCAGAUUACAGCACAGCGAGGAGUGAAAUAUGACAACAAAUACCUUUAGUGCUUGUCCACCAUUAAUGGUUUGACAAGGACACCAGGAUAUUUCAUACUACGUACACACACCUUAGUAUGUUGUUUGCUGUGUCAUGCAAUCAGGAACUAGUUUAUGAUAGAUAUUUGGUACUACUGUUGGCUUAGUAGUUGAAGAGUUCUUUCAUCAUGGGUUACAGCCACCAUAUAGCUGAGUGUGGUGUAAAACUCACUCACUCUCAUCAUGGCAACGGUUGGGAUUUAUUCCCCACAUCGUUGCAAUGUAUGAAGCCAUUUUAGGUGGCCCCUGAUGUGAUAUGGCUGAAAUAUUGAUGUAAAACCAUCGUAUACUCCCCAGAUCACUCAUGAUAUUGUUUAAGUUGACUCACAAAUAGAGAGAUAAGUUUAAGCUGAAAAACAUAUUUAUAUAACUGGGAAGAUGUAUUUAAUUCAAUAUGGAACUUUCAGCAUGCCAGGAACGUAAGAUCUUGGGUUUGAAUCCCAAGUUUGCCCAGGUUUUGUUUUCUGGUAUGUUGGACCAUAUCCAUGCUCAGUGGUUUCACCUGCAUCAUUUGCGCCUUUCCUCGAACAUCAAUCUUACAUCCCGACAUAAAACUGAAAUACGGUUCAAAGCAGUGAUAAACCCAGCUCACUCACUCACUCUGUGGGAUCAUUGUUGAAGGGACUCAUUAACAUUCAGGGACAGUGGGGUAGCUCAGUGGUUAAUGUGUUCGCUCGUCAUGCUGAAGACCCGGGUUCGAUUCCCCACAUGGGCACAUUUCUGUCAUUCCCUGCCGUGAUAUUGCUGGAACGUUGCUAAAGGCAGUGUAAAACUUAACUUACUCGCUCACUCAUUACUAUUCAUGAUAAGAGAUAAAUAUCAGCUGUUGACACUUGACAAGUCAUGCUAGUGAGGCUGAGAAGACAUGAACUGGGGCGGUGGGUAAGCCUAGUGGUUAAAGCGUUGGCUCGUCACGCCGAAGACCCGGGCUCGAAUCCCCACAUGGGUACGAUGUGUGAAGCCCAUUUCUGGUGUCCCCUGUCGUGAUGUUGCUGGAAUAUUGCUAAAAGCGGCGUAAAACGAAAACUCAGUCAGUCAGACAUGAACUGUUACCUGUCUUACAUGAAGUUGUGGACUACAGACAAGACGGUCAAUGAUACUUGACCAGAUGUUGUUCCUGAGGAAACUGCGAAAUAUGUGUGCCAUUGUGCCAGGACAUUCAGGGUUAUGUUAAGUUUGCCUGAAAUCUCUGAAUGGAAUCGUGUGGACAAGGAUGUGAUGCCAUGAAUAAAGUGUGGAUGUGUU